CUAGUUUUGAGCAUUGAUUAUAAACAAAAAAAAAACGUAAUUUUGUUGCCGGAUUUAAAAAUGAUAAAUAUUUCGUGAACGAAUUGAAAAUAUUUAAAACAAUGAUAGAAUACGACAGCAAGUAUGUGCUAGAACACUUCUACAGCGUUUGCCGAUUUUGUUUAUCGGAGGACAAUUGCGAGGACAUUAUUAGAAAUGGAAUGGUCAACGAAUGCUUGGAAAAGGCCAUCGAUUUCAUUGUUUCCAAGGUCGACGAAAGCGAUGGUCUUCCGAAUAAAAUUUGUCGAAAAUGCCUUACUUGCGUGAUAGAAUUUGCCGAGCUUGAGGCGCGUUGCCAAGAGGUGUAUGAAGUUCUACAACAAGUUUCAGAUCAAGCAAUUAACUCUCAAAACUGCGAAGAAAUAUCAAUUGAAAAUGCAAUUGUAGAAGAUACAAAAUCGAUCCAGGGCUUGGAUACGAUAGCUGACAACGAUGAACCUCCGGAAGACACAUACAUUAAUGCGGAGAAACUUAUCGAAUCUGCUAUUAUUGAGGAGUCAACAGCUUCACAACAUUCAGAAGAUACAUUAUAUCUGACUGAGAACAAUCUUAUCGAGUCACCUUGUACUGAAGAGCAGUCAGUCAUGAAGGCGCAAACCAGAAAGAAGGGCAAGAACUGCCCCAUAUGUGGAAAAUUUGUUUCUCAGCUUAGCAAACAUCUGCCCAUGCAUUCAGACGUAAAACGACAUGCUUGUUCCUUUUGUAAUAAGCAGUUUGCACACGACACAACCCUCAGGAAGCACAUCAAUUCGGUUCACCUUAAACUAAAGAGGUAUCAAUGCCAACAUUGCCAGGAGUCCUUUACGGAUCCCAGCUCACUUCGGUAUCACAAUGUAACCAAACAUCAGGACACCAAAAACUUCACCUGUUCCAUUUGUAACAAGUCAUACUACACAUCAACGGGCCUGCAGCAGCACAACAGUUUGAACCACGAGCAACGCAAGUUCAAGUGCGAGGAAUGUGGAAAGAUGUUCGCCAUGAAGUACCAUUUGAAGGAGCAUGAGAAAACUCACUCGGAUGUGCGACCUUACGCCUGCAGUUUGUGUGAUAGGACUUUCAAGCGUUCGAAGAAUUUGAACGAACAUUUAGCUGUUCACGAGGGUAAAGUGUAGUGGAUAAAAAAAAAGUCUAUAUAAAUAAAAAUGGAGUAGUGUUUGUAUGACACGAAAUAACU